CGGCUGCUAGGCGUCCUGAGGAGGGAGAGAGGAGAGAGACCCACAGAGACAGGGUCCAGGGACAGUGGAAGAGCCUGGGGGCUGCCAGCUGGGAGUCAGACUCAGACCCCUGCCCCCAGGGGCUGGAGGGACUGAAGACAGACAGAUGCCAGGUCACAGAGACAGACAGACAGAGGAGACAAAGGAGGGGGCUUCAGAGCCAGAGAGACCAGACAACUAGACGGAGGAGGGGGGCAGGGACAAGAGAGGGACAGGGACACAAAGAGAGGAAUAGAGAGAAGAAAAGGGAGAGGAGACGGGAGAGGAGAGCGGAGAGCAAAGGUUCUGGGCCAUAGCACCAGGAGCCUUUGAAGCCUCAGGCUGUGUCCCCAGGGCCAGGGUCAGGCCAGGUCGCCAGCGAGACGGCAGGCAGGCCCGCAGCAUGAAUGGCCCCGCACUCCCGAGGAGAAAUUCUAGCAAACGGGGCCUGGAGAAGCUGUUGAGGCUCACUACUCAGUGGAGGGAAGAAGACGAAGAGGAGGCUGCCCGUGAACAGCGCCAACGGGAGCGAGAGAAGCUUCGGGACAGGGAUGAGGAUGAGGACAGAGAUGGCUGUCCCCUGGAGCAGCCGGAGCAGCAGGCACUCCUCAGCCUAAAGCCCCCAGAGGCAUCUGAGCAAGAUGAAGAUGAAGGUUUUGGAGACUGGUCUCAGAAGUCAGAGCAGCGGCAGCUAAACUGUGGGACUGAGGGGCCUGUGGAUGGUGGUGAGCCCCCUCAGAGUGCGAGUCCAGAGGAGAAACAGGGAGAAGACAGGUUCCCCCAGAAUGCUUGUGAAAAUCAGACCAGUGACCAUGGGCUGCACCAAACUGAAGUCCACCUGAAGGGGCUGAGCCUGAACCAGGGAGAACCCGGUCCAGAAGACACUGUUGGGGAUCCUAGGAAAGCAGAGGAAGAGCACCUGACAAGCCAGCAGCCCAGGACCCCUAGCCCUUUGGUCUUGGAAGAGACUGUUGAAGUGAGCUCAUCUCCCCUGAGCCCCACCAUCAAACUGGCCGAUAGGACAGAGUCCCUGAACCGCUCCAUAGAGAAGAGCAACAGCGUGAAGAAGUCCCAACCAGCCUUGCCCAUCUCCACAAUCAACGAGCGCCUGCAGCAGUACACCCAGGCCACCGAGACUGCUAGCCGAACCCCCAAGCUGUGCCGCCAGCCCUCUAUAGAGCUGCCCAGCAUGGCCGUGGCCAGUACCAAGAAUCUUUGGGAGACGGGGGAGGUGCAGACUCAGUCCACUGCCAAGAUACCCUCCUGCCAGGAUAUUGUGGCUGGAGACGUGAGCAAGAAAAGCCUGUGGGAGCAGAGAGGAGGGGCAAAGGCAUCAUCCCCCAUCAAGAGCACUCCAUCUGGGAAGAGGUAUAAAUUUGUGGCCACUGGACACGGAAAGUAUGAGAAAGUGCUUGUGGACGAGGGUUCAGUACCCUAGGCUACACGUCUUGCAGGUGUAGGUGAGUGUUCCCAGGGGAGACUCCAGUCAGAUGCCACCCCACCCCGGCCAAGAAGUCGCUUCCCGUUGCCAGCCUUACCUGCUCUCGUGCCUCCGACAACCCGACUGCCACCACCUGCUCCUUUUUCUCCUGGACCCUCUGUCCUCUAUUUCCUCCCCCUCUCUGAUUCCCUCAACUCUCUCUUUCACCAUCAGCCUAAGAGACCACCCUCUAGAUGGGCCAAGAUCUCCCAAAGGAAGCUGGAGGAGAGAAGGCCAGAUCCCACCCAGAUGCAAGGGACUCCUGCCCCUGUGCUGAGUGCUUGUGUCCUCUCCUGCCCCAUUUUCAAACACCUCAUGUUGUGUAAUAAAGCUCCCUGAGUGCCCCCCAU